UCAGAGCCCUCUUCCGGGUGUCAAUCGCAUCCACCGCUCGCACAACCCAGCGAAUCAGUCAGCGCACCCUUUUCGGCCGUGCAACCCGUCCCUCUACCCCAUUCACUCGUGCCCGCAACGCCGCGUACGGAGUUCUCACCCUUGCCGGUCUCGGUGUCGGUGCAUUCUACGCAACAGAUUCCCGAUCCGCUCUUUGGCGCUAUGCGGCUAUGCCAAUCCUCCACCUCACCACUGACCCCGAACAGGGACACUGGCUCGCGAUCAAGGGUUUGGGUAUGGGAAUCGGUCCCUUCGACCGCGUCUCCGACGAUGAGCGAUUGGCUGUCGAGGCAUUCGGCAAGAAAUUCUCUUCCCCCGUCUCCAUGGCCGCAGGCUUCGACAAACAAGCCGAAGCUAUUGACGGACUUUUCGACCUCGGCUUCUCCUACGUUGAGAUCGGAUCCGUGACACCACUUCCACAGCCGGGAAACCCACUUCCCAGAUUCUUCAGAUUACCAGACGAUAAAGCUGUGAUUAACCGUUACGGCUUCAACUCUGACGGUCACGAAGCCGUUGCGCGUCGUCUCCGGGAUCGCGUGAGGAAGUGGGUGAUCGACACUUUCCCAUCGCCCUACAACCUUCUCUCUCAAUUCCCCGACGGCGCCGCAGUCGCCGACGCGGCGGGUCAGCCUCGCUCCUUGAGACCCGGAAAGGUGCUUGGUGUCAACCUCGGCAAGAACAAGACAGGCGAGGAGAUCGAGGAUUACGUCAAGGGCGUCAGAGCCCUCGGCGCCUUUGCUGAUAUCUUGGUCAUCAACGUCUCCUCACCCAACACCCCAGGCCUCCGAUCCCUCCAGAAGAAGGAAAUGUUGGCAUCACUCCUCACAGCCGUCGUCUCCGAGCGUGAGAAACUGGCCGAGCCCAACCCUCGAGUGUGUGUCAAGAUCGCCCCUGAUUUAACCGAGAGCGAUAUCGAGGAUAUCGCGUGGGCCGUGAAGGAAUCCAAGGUCGAUGGUGUCAUCGUAUCAAACACCACUAUCUCCCGCCCAUCACACCUCAUCCACCACCGCUACGUCGAGGAAAUCGGCGGUCUCUCCGGACCCCCCGUGAAACCCCUUGCCCUCACCGCUCUCCGAACCCUUCGCCGUCACUUGCCUAAGGAGAUCACCAUCAUCGGUGCCGGAGGUAUCUCGAACGGAAAGGACGCAGUGGAGUUCGCUCGUGCUGGUGCGUCGUUGGUUCAGGUUUACACUGCAUUCGGAUACGAAGGUCCUGGCCUCCCACGAAAGAUCAAGGAUGAGAUUUUGGAGGAGUUGGGUGGACAGAGAUGGGUUGAUAUUAUCGGUACUGAGAACGCUCCUGUGCUCGCUCUUGCAUAGAUUCUAUCAGAAAAAUACUACAAAUAUACCAUCAUCUAUACCUACU